UCGUCGCUUAAUACCUCUGUGUGGCGCUGUUCGUUGGCGUUCAUCGCUGUUCAUCUUAUCUCUCGACCAUAGAUCAGACCAACACCGACGCGCGACGGAAGUGAACGAUGGUUGUUAAUCGCUUAUCGUGGGUAGUGCAAAGAUCUACCAAGGAGUAUCGAAGUGAUAAGAGAGAUCUUUAACUUUUGGAUUUAUUUAUAGUUUCUAAAUAUUUUUCAAUGAUGGACUAUUUUAACACUAUGGAGAUGAAGCCGACGAACAUGGUGAAGGCAAACUCUAUAGAUGGUCGUGGGUAUCAUGAUGAUCGCUUAAGGAAUAAUGACACCACACCUGUGACUGUCACUUACAAACCGAAACACAUGGACGGGAAUGGAAAGGUGGGGAACCAAGUGAGCGUGGUACAGCCGGACAAGACACCAACAUGCGGACAACAGUUCAAAGAGUAUUUGAGGAAUACUACUUUACACGGAUUUAGGUAUCUCGUGGAUCCGACCCCAUUUCUUUUGAGAAGGAUACUCUGGGGCCUCAUCAUCAUCGUUAUCUUUGGGUUGUUCUUGUAUUCCGUAGCAAGCAGUAUCAGCUACUUCAUGAGUUAUCCGACCUCAACAUAUAUCAGCGUCCAUCACAAUACAUCCCUCCGUUUUCCUGCUAUCACCAUCUGCAGUAAGAACCUUUGCCGAAUCAGUUCCCUCUACCGCAAUGGGUUUGGGGCAUUGUUGGAUCCACAAGCAUCUCGAAGUAAUUUGCGCUACGCCUACUCGAAGGACCUACGGGAAUUCUUCCAAACGUGUGCUCAACAGAAGGAUAAAUUGAUACUAAGCUGCGCGUUCAAGGGGCAACCAUGUGGUCCUGAGGACUUCAAGGUGACCUACACGGACCUGGGGGUCUGCUACACAUUCACUGGGAUCACGGACGGACAACCGGACAGUAAUAUCAUCAAGGAACCGGGACCAGCCAGUGGCCUCUCCUUGUUUUUGAACACUGAGGGCGAAGAAUGGACGCAGAGUUGGUACGGCGACGAAGGCUUCCAGGUAGUUGUGCACCAAGCCAGCGAUUACCCGCAACCCCAAGCCAAUGGAAUAUCGAUAUCGCCAGCGACGGCCACAAACAUUGGCCUUCAGGCGUCGCAGUCCAAUAACUUGGCACCUCCAUUCGGAAGCUGUGGUGUCACAAAGUUGAAACUGUUCUCAGCGUACAGUCACUCCAACUGCAUACAAGAAUGUCUACUGUCAUACAUUCUGAAGGCCUGCAACUGUACGUUGGUGUAUAGUUUGAGGAGUCAAGGUGCAGAUUCACUACUAAAGAUGCCGAUCUGUAACGUGAAGACGUAUGAGAAAUGUGCAAAAGCCGCUAGAGACACUUUCUACAAGGUCAAGAUCGGGACCUCCUGCAAUUGUCCAUCGUCCUGCUGUACCUUCAACUACCAGCCCAUCCUCUCACAGUCCAGGCUAUCGAACCAAUACGUCGAACGACUAAUCCGCCGAAAUGACGCGGUGCCAAAGAGACUCGCGGACGAUUAUGCCGCCGCGAAACUAUCCCAGUACACUCACGAAUAUCGACAGCUGGAAGGCGACAAGUUCCAAGCAGUCAUUGGGGCAUACAGGAACGCCACGACUUGGACUUACCCGAAACUCGGGCAAUCAGUCGACGACAUCGUUACAGUUCUGCGCAGCUUUUCAAGUGGCCAGAACGGUCGUAAUCAAUUCUUCGAUUUCAUCAAGCGAUAUCUAGAUGAAUACAACGAUAAUUAUCAUUCAAAGAUCUUCUCAGCUUUAUCCAGCGCGAAACAUCUCGUCCCUAAGUACCUUGAUGUGGUCACGGCGCUCUCAUAUUCGAAGAAUACUGGUAACUACACUACGAGCUCCAUGUCCCCCGAAAGAAUCAAGUCAGUCACUCAAACGAAAAUGGAUGACUUCAGGGUCCAUUAUGAGCACACCAUGCUCUCUCUUGACAAGAUCGAAUCGCUGUACAUCCAAGGCCAACUUCGUGAUUUCAGCCGCGACCAGAAAAAACAUCGUUUUGACUUCAAGUUUGGCCUGACUGCCCUGUACAACAACAUCAGUGCACUCUCCAGCGCCUCUGACGGCGACUACGACAAGUUCUACGUAGUCGCGGAACAUUUCAGUCAAACUGUCUGGCCCAAAGGAGCACAGGCGUAUGAAUACUACGGGACUAAGCUACGCAAUAUGACGGACAAUAUGAUGAAGUUCCAACGCGGCUUAACAGAAGUGAUCCGGGAGCUUGCCAAGGGACCAAAAGACUGGAUGUUCUUGGACGGCAGUCAAUUCUCCACCUCGCCUGAGAGCUCUUACAUAUACGGGGCAGAACAAAAAUGGACCAAUCUGCGUGAUGAAUAUUUCCGAAACCCUGGUAACCUGUCAACGAGGUUGAUGAUCAUAAAAGCAGUACAGGAUGACAUGUUCAAUUACACUGAUUUCAUGACUGGGUUGGCUGGCGAUAUCAAACGGAUGGAGAAUCUAACGAAUAGCGCACUGACCCUUUUACAGGACAUCUACGUCCAAAUCAUUGAAGCAGAGAUGCUACAGUCGGAUACCUUGGCAGGGUAUCAAAUCUGGAACAUGACCAGCACUUAUGUUGACAUGACCACCAGGUGGAAAAUAUUCGCCAUGAAUCGGGAGUUGUUCCGAUCUGUAUUCAUGGACAUAAUGACAAGAGUUCGAGAGAAGCUCCUCCCGAGACGUGAGCGCAGGACCUAUUACAGGUCAGGCAAAUAUGAUGAGCUCAUCGCAGAUGCGAGAACUAUGGAGUUAAAUGUAACAGACUCUUUAAAUUAUUUAAAGGAUUAUAUGACGUAUUUCAUAAACAGUGUCAACAUUGAGAAGGUUUUACAAGAGAAAGUAUACAGGGAACACUUUAGCCAACUUAAUAUAUACUUCCAAGAUACGAGUUAUAAAGUAGAGUCUCAGAUAGCUUCGUAUUCACUCCAGAAACUUUUAGCCGACAUUGGCCUGUACCUGGCCAUAUUCCUUGGCAGCAGUAUCUUCAUCAUCAUUGAGCUCAUUGACUUUAUCCUUCACUCUCUUGCCACCAAGAUGUGUGUCGGCGAGAAGAACACGUGACAUAUGCAGGAGGACUGGUGUUAAAAGUGAAAACUCAAAACGAAUCAUUAUUGUGUCAACGUCACGUAUACCAAGCGUCCAGAUGUCUUGGUCCGAAGAACUUUCAAGGUGGAUAAUCGGCUUUCUAAUCUCUGUAGUCUUGAUCAAACGAGAAAGUCCUGCACUGAGCGACAUGGUCUAUGUACAACUCAAGCUGGGGAUAGGGCCCAAGCACCGGCAAGGUGAAUGAACUUGGCUUUGCUUAAAGCACCAAUAAAUAUCCGACAGAAAUUUUCCUAUUCGACAAGUGGUUUUAUGUUUGCCUUGACGUUGUUUUUUGAAAGUGUGAAUGUAUACAUGUAUUUGCAACCCAGUAUGCUAUUGCAUACCGCAUCAAUGGUGGACACCAUAGUAGAUUACGCAACAUCUGGCAUGCCUUACAAGAGUGGUAUGGACAGGAGCUAGGGGGCCAGUUGGUGGCCUCCAGUUGACCAUUAAGCACAGCUUGGGGAUUGGGUAUGGUUUAACUUGGUGAUAGAAUAUUCUAAGCACAGGUCUGAAUUGAACUGAUGUAGUAUCAAAAAAGUAGAUACACCUUUUGGUGACUUUCUGUAACUUAAUUUGGCCCGCCUGGCUCCUGACUAGUCUUGGCACUCUGUUGACAUUACGUUUAAUUGCCGCGGUUAAGACUUAUCGACCUCCAUGAAAGCUUUUUCGUGGGGGUCGAUGUUAUCAAGAGUUUCGCUGAUAACCUUUAGUAGAAACAAUGGUAAAUCAGGCCUAGGUGCGAGCGGGCUUAAAAAGACAAUAGUCCGCUUAUUGGCCUGUACCUGAAUUCUUUUCACUGCGAGGUCGGGGCAAACGUAGCAACGCUAUAUGGUAAAGAGGGGUUUCCAAGGCUGUGUGAUGGUGAUAUGGUAUGAUACGGAAAUAUUUUACUGCACAUGUUUUCUGUGGUCAUCC